CUAGUCUCGUUUUUUUCUCCCCCUCUGUCUGGUGAGACGGCAGUAAGGACGCACGUAAAGUGUCGGCAUUUACCUGUCAAGAUACGGACUAACGUUACCAGACGAACAUCGUGGAUUCACUCGACCAGCAAACUGCAAACAAUCAUUUUCGCGGUCCAGCCAUGGGUAUGAGCGGGGCGGCGUGGAGGGGAGAGGGGGAUUUAAAUUUCUCUUUCGUCCCAACAGCUUCUUUUGAUUUGUAGUAAAUGGUGCACCAGAGCAGAAGCCAGCUGUGAGUCUUCACGUUUUUGCGAGAUAAAAGUUGUUGCUCGUCGAUUUCAGAACGCAGAAAUUGUUAUACACGGGGUUUUGUUCGUUUUUGUUCAUAUUUUCUUUUUCUUGGGGGAGUUUUUUUUUUGUGUUGUUUUCCUGGAGAGCCGAGGUGGCGAACUGAAAGCGGCUCACGGAGUCGGGACUGACCACUGGAGUUGGUCCUGAAAAUGGAGGCUGUUAUCGAGAAGGAAUGCAGCGCGCUUGGAGGACUCUUCCAAACUGUUAUCGGAGACAUGAAGAGCAGCUACCCUAUUUGGGAAGACUUUAUCACCAAGGCCGGCAAACUGCAGUCGCAGCUCAGGGCGACUGUAGUUGCUGUGGCUGCUUUCCUGGAUGCCUUUCAGAAGGUGGCCGAUCUGGCUACCAACUCACGAGGUGGGACCAGAGACAUUGGAUCAGCGUUGACCAGGAUGUGUAUGAGACAUCGCAGCAUAGAGGCGAAACUCAAACAGUUCUCUAUGGCCUUCCUGGAGGGUCUGAUCAACCCUCUACAAGAACAGAUGGAGGAGUGGAAAAGAGGAGUCAACACUUUAGACAAGGACCAUGCUAAAGAAUAUAAAAGAGCCCGACAGGAAAUAAAGAAGAAGUCCUCAGACACACUGAAACUUCAGAAGAAGGCAAAGAAAGCUGAUAAUCUAGGUCGCGGUGAUAUCCAACCCCAGUUGGACAGCGCCAUGCAGGAUGUCAGUGAUAAAUACAUUCUGCUGGAAGAGACAGAGAAGCAGGCCCUGAGGAAGGCUCUUAUAGAGGACAGACAGAGAUUCUGCUGUUUUGUAGCCAUGCUGCGGCCUGUAGUGGAUGAGGAGAUUUCUAUGUUGGGAGAGGUCACCCAUCUCCAGGCUAUAUCUGAUGACCUCAAAGCCCUGACCUCGGACCCACACAAGCUUCCCCCUGCUAGUGAGCAGGUGAUCUUGGACCUGAAGGGCUCAGACUACGGUUGGUCAUAUCAAACACCGCCCUCCUCCCCCAGCACCACAAUGUCCAGGAAGUCUAGCAUGUGCAGUAGUCUGAACAGCGUUAACAGUAGUGACUCCAGGGGAUCCAGUGGCUCUCACUCUCAUUCUCCUUCCUCCUCUUCUUCCUCCUCUUCCUCACACCACCUCUUUCACCACCAUCACCCCCGCCAUCGGUACCGCAGCUCCACGCUACCCCAGCAGGCCCCAGCUCGGCUCUCUAGCAUCUCCUCCCACGACUCGGGCUUUAUUUCUUCAUCACACGACCAAUACACAUCGUCCAAAUCGUCCUCGCCUAUGACAGCUGAAACAAAGCCAUGUCCCAGUUCCAGGUCCUCUGAGGUGUCAGAGGCUGGGCAGCUUCACAGUGACUGCAGCCCCCCCUCUUCUCUAGCUGCUACUACUGCACCUCAGCACGCUACUGACAAGUUGUCCAAUGGUUUUGACCACUACAGUCCAGCAAAUUCCCCAUACCCGCACAGCAAUGGGGGGAGUUUGGGCUCAGGGUCAGGCACUGCCUUCCCCUUCCUCCCUGCUUCCUCCUCAUCCUCCACCUCCUCCUCCAGUCCCACCCGUUCAUGGUCACGUCCCGCCUCAGCAUUGCUACCAGACUACCCUCACUACUGUACACUGGGCCCCAUGGUGCCUUCAUCACGAGUCCCCAGCUGGAAGGACUGGGCUAAGCCAGGCCCGUAUGACCAGCCCAUGGUUAACACACUGAGGAGGAAGAAAGACAAGGACACCCCAGCUGCAGUAGACAGUAAUGGUAGUGUGAGUAACGACAGCAUCCCAGCCUCCAUCUCAACCUCAGUGCCAACUCAGGCUGCACUACAAACGUCAGCAUCAGUGGAGGAGAAGAACAGGACUGUGGCUGCAGCUCUCAAGGCUGCUGAUAUUGAGGCCCACGAGGAACUGGCUCUGGCCUUAUCCAGAGGUCUGGAGCUGGACACACAGAGGUCCAGUAGAGACUCCAUCCAGUGUUCCAGUGGCUACAGCACACAGACCAACACACCCUGCUGCUCUGAAGACACAAUACCGUCACAAGUAUCAGACUAUGACUAUUUCUCAAUGGCUGGAGAUCAGGAGCCUGAGCAGCAGCAGCUGGACUUUGACAAGUCCUCCACCAUCCCCAGAAACAGUGACAUCAGUCAGUCCUACCGACUCAUGUUCCAGAGCAAACGGCCAGCCUCCACUGCCGGCCUGCCCAGCACACAGGCUCCCUACCCCGGACAGGGGGCCUACCCUGCAGGGCCGUAUCCCUCCACACCUAUCCACACUGGAGCUUAUCCUCCUACCCCUACAGGCUCAGGUCAGGGCUUUUAUUCUGGAUCCAGCUCCCAUAAUGCCUCUGGCUCGUAUUCUACAGGCCAUGGCCCAGUUAUUGUGACCCCUGGGGUUGCCACAAUCCGCCGCACACCAUCUUCAAAACCUUCUGCCCGCCGUUCAGGCUCAGUUGGGGGAACAGGCCCCAUCCCUAUUCGUACACCUGUCAUCCCAGUGAAAAUCCCUACAGUGCCCGAUAUGUCAGGAGCAGUUAAUGGGAGCAGGAGUGCAGAGGAGAUGGGAGGAGGAAGAGGAGGAGGAGGAGGAGGAGGAGGAGAAGAAAGCCCAGAUUCUCCAACAUUUGCAGGAGGAGGGGAUGCCGGCACGCUGCCUAUGGUGUCUUGGAGUGGUCAGGCUACAACCAAUCCUCCGACUGUACCCCUGCCCAACCAGCAGCACCUUCAGAGUGAGACAGGGCUGGAAGGACGUGGAGAGGAGGCAGGAGAAGGGGUAGAAGGCAACAUGCUGGUGGCCAUCCGUAAGGGGGUCAAGCUCAAGAGAACCCUCACCAACGACCGCUCUGCACCACGCAUCGCAUGAUGACAUGACACUAGAACCGCGAGCUCGUAGAAGUGAGGCUCCUCCUUCAUUGUGUUUGUAAAUGAGGUGAAAGGCUUUAGAAAAAAUGUUGCACAUAGAAACAUGAUGUACUGAAUCAAAAGGCUUCUUAUGCUAGUACGAGAAAUCAGAUACACCUGUUCUACAUGUAGCGUAGCUGUAAAUUUCCACCUGUGACAAUUCCUGCAGAAGCCAUCUAUAAUGAUUCAAAGAGAAAAAUAUAUUCAAAAUAUAUAAGCCAGAUUUAUUAACAUAUUGGUUUGGACCUAAAGUGGAUCACACGCACACUUGUUGUAGAUCCUUGUUUAAGUUGAGUAAUUGUACCAGUAUAAGGUUAAGACCUAAUUUCUCACAUAAGUCUGUUAUAAAGGUUUUGGCCUAAGCACUAGAAUGUUUUUCCAAAUCCGAGCCAACAGCUGUGUAAUGAAGAACAGGAUGUUGCAUCACACCACAGUAUGUUUAUUUCUUUAAGAGGACUGUAAGACAUUAAUAACACACGUAUGCAGUAUUCUGCCUGAAGCUGAGGGUUGGACAAGGACAAUGUGUAUGCUUCUUCUCAGUGUAAAGAAAACACUGCCCAUUAUAUGUAACAACUCAGUGUUUGGGGAGUGCAUUGUGGGAUGAAUAAGCAUUCCAACUGCCAAGAGACUUGGCAGAAGGAGCGCAGAUAGCAGUGCAGGUACUACACAGCAUCAAGAGAGCAAUAUUCAGGUGCUCUAGGAAGCCGUGGCUCCAGUAGUCGCCUUUUGAUGGCACCGUUCCCCCUGACUGCAUUGCCUGCUUACUUGGAGCACAGCGCUGAUGGCUGGAGGAAGGUGCUGUGUUAGCGAAGCUGUCUUCCACUCAAAGUUCAAAUAUUUCAUUGAGAUGUCCACAAAGCCGACAGGUGCAGGGGUAUGACCAAUAUAGAGCUCCUCAAAAGGCAAAUGACAUGACUUUGUGUUAAAGUCAAAGUUGCAGGAGACUACGGCGUAACUAAAGCGUCACAUGGUUGAUGCCGUGACAUUAAGAGACACUACGAGUUACGUCCUGUUUUGUUUUAGUUUUUGUAGUAUUUACAUGAUGUGUAAAUAAUUUUGCAUGUCUGUGUUGCUGAGGAGUGUGUUGGUGCUCCUCGCUCUCUGUGUCUUUGCUUUAUUUCCUUCUGCUCCUCCACAGUUCCAUAAUCAUUAGAGUUUCACUUCUUUAAACGAGGUGUUUAUUCACACAAUGAUCAUCGUACCCCAUUGCCUUUGGAUGUGAAUUGGUUAUAUUUUUCUUUUUUUUUUUCCCCCAGUAUGAAUCUCAUUUAAUCUACAAUAUCUACAUGCUGAGCUUUGUAGAACUCCUCAGUGGUUUGUGUUUAUCUAUUAGCCCUUAUAUAUUAGUCCCUUCUUUUUUGUAGCAUUUAAUAGCCAUACUGCAACCUGCCGCGCAUUGAUUGCUCAUAACAUUACUAAUGAAAUUACAGAUAUGCCAUGUCAAAACUCAACAGUAAUUCAAAUUUAUAUAUAUAUAUAUAUGUUGUCAUACAUUUUAUAAAAGUUAAUCUGGAAAAAUAUUUUUUUGAUGAUUUGAAAGUUAUGAGUUAGACGCUGUAGUUGAUAAUGCCACACUGUUUUAAUUGUCCCGUCUGCUGUUCUGUUGAACUCUUUGAAACACAUGUAGCAUGCAUGCUCAUGUCUGUUUGAUUAAUUAGGUUUUUACAUUUGUCAUUUCCAAUUCUGGCGUUUAGAUUUUUUUUUAACAGCAUCAAAUGUGGUAAGUCUGGUUCGCACAGAUUUUGUUUUCUUAAAAAUUGAUAAAUUACAUCAAAAUUCAUUCUAUAAUUAAACAAGUAAGUCUACCAUAGAUACAUUAAAAUAUUAAGUUUUUUUCUUGACAAUAUUAUGUUUUGGACAUAUGAGGCUUCUCCUCAGACUGCAGCGUUGUAGGACUUAUAGUACUAGUAGUAAUUUGUAUCCUUGAGUUACAGUCUGUAUGUUAAUUUCAGUUCAAGCACUGUGAGAACAAGCUCUACUACAAGAUGUAUAAAACUGUAAAUAUGAUUUAGCAAGUUAGUCCAGAAAGUCACACAUUUUUUUUAAUUUAUUUUCCACUUCUCAGUCUUUAAAUCUUUUUCUUUCUCAACCUAUCUCUAUUUUUAUACAUAUAUAAAAUAUCAGAGUAAUAGAGUUGAUUGAGUUUUAUCCGUGCAUAUCUGAUGAUGUGUUGUUUCAUCAGUGAAAUGUUCAUUAAUAUCCUGCUACUAUUCAUUAUGUCCCUUAUUUCACACACACAUGCAAAGUGUGUUCCUGUGACUUCCAGGUACCAACAGAAGUCAGAAACGUGUUCAAAAGUUAAGUUUUAUAAUGAAGAGGCUUGCAUCAGUAUUAUGGGUUCCGAUUUUUUUGGACAAAUUAUUAUUUGCAUGGUGCAGAGCUGAUGGCAAAAUACAAACUUUUAAAUGUUCCCUGAUGGUGAUUUAAUUUGAAAUGUUUGCACCUCGGUUCUUUUCAUAUCUGAUUUCAGGUAAAAACAGUUGAACAGUUUAUCUUAUCUUAUUAGAUUUGAACAAAGGGCCCGCUGCCCACAAUGUCUGACCUAAUCUGACCUAAUCUGACCUGAGUUUCCCAAAGACAUCUUAGCAUGAAAAUCCAGUUUGUUUAACAGGUUUCUUAUAUAAUCGUGUCAUGUGAACAGGAGGAGGCACCACAAACCAUACUGAAGCAAAGAUAAUAUUACUGCUUAGAUGUUUUGGGAAAUUCAGUCUUGAUAUUGUUAAUGAUGUUUAUAUUUUAGAUUUUUUUUUUUUGGCCGUCCACCUGUCUAAAACUUGUAUUAUAAACCUGUAAUUUCCAUAUUUAAAUUGUUAGCAUAAUUAUAUAUUAUAUCAGAGUUGCCAAAUGUCAGUAUAUCCUAUGAAUAAGAAGUUUAUAGUUUGUGAGGGUUUGAAAGUACAAUUAAACCUGGUCUCUAGUUUAGUUUUCAGCUUAUUUUCCCUCCGAGGAGAGUUGACCUCUCUGUCUGUCCCUGUACAGUCCAACAGGCUAUGAUGCAGUUUGUUUCAGGAAGUAAAAGAUUGUUAUUUUUUGUGUAAUGACAGCUUUAGCAAUAUAAUAAAAAUAUAAAUUUUGCUUCGCCCCACUGA